UCGCGCCCCACCUUUUUGAUUCUUCUGUGACCAUGAGAGAAAGAGAUAAAGAAUGAUCCGUGAUCUUUAAACACCUUGUCUUGAGGAUAUAGUCAUGUUGGAAGGUCUUGUAGCCUGGGUUCUCAACACCUAUCUGGGGAAAUACGUCAAUAACCUGAACACUGAUCAGCUCUCUGUUGCGCUUCUGAAAGGUGCUGUUGAGUUGGAAAACCUGCCAUUGAAGAAAGAUGCCUUGAAAGAGCUGGAAUUACCGUUUGAAGUCAAAGCGGGCUUGAUUGGGAAGGUGACUCUUCAGAUUCCCUUUUAUCGCCCCCACGUGGACCCCUGGGUGAUCUCCAUCUCCAGCCUUCACUUAAUCGGAGCCCCUGAGAAGCUCGAGGAUUUCGAUGAUGAGAAGGAGAAGCUCUUGGAGAGGGAGCGCAAGAAGGCGCUACUUCAGGCCCUGGAGGACAGAUGGAAGAAUGAACGCCAGCGGAAGGGGGAGUCCUACUGGUACUCGGUCACUGCCUCAGUAGUCACGAGAAUUGUGGAGAACAUCGAAUUAAAAAUUCAGGAUGUCCAUUUGCGCUUUGAAGAUGGCAUCACCAAUCCGUCCCAUCCUUUUGCAUUCGGCGUCUGUAUUAAGAACGUGUCCAUGCAGAAUGCCGUGAGCGAGCCCGUACAGAAGUUAAUGCGGAAGAAGCAACUGGAUGUGGCAGAGUUUAGCAUCUAUUGGGAUGUCGAUUGCACUUUAUUGGGGGAUUUGCCUCAGGUGGAGCUACAGGAGGCCAUGGGCAAGAGCAUGGAGAGUCGCGAUCAUCACUACAUCCUGGAACCUGUGUGCACAUCCGCUCUUUUGAAGAGAAACUGCUCCAAGGAGCCUCUGAGGUCGCGGCACACGCCGCGUAUUGAGUGUGACAUCCGCCUGGAGACCAUCCCCCUGGAACUGUCUCAGCUGCAAUACCGGCAAAUCAUGGAGUUCCUCAAGGAGCUGGAACGGAAGGAGAGGCAGGUGAAGUUCCGAAAGUGGAAACCCAAAGUGGCUGUAUCGGAGAACUGCCGGGAAUGGUGGUAUUUUGCUCUGAAUGCUAACCUGACCGAGAUCAGGGAGGCGAGGAGGCGCUGCACCUGGGACUUCGCGCUGCACCGCGCCCACGACGCCGUGUCCUACACGGACAAGUACUUCAGCGUGCUGAAGGGAGGCUUGCUGCCCGCGGACGACAAGGAGGAGAUGCGUCGGAUUGAAGAGGAGCAGAGCUUUGAGGAGUUGAAGAUUCUGCGUGAGCUGGUUCAUGAGCGAUUUCACAAACAAGAGGAGCUGGCGGAGAGCCUACGAGAGCCUCAAUUUGAUUCUCCAGGCGACUCUCCUGGGGACCCAGAGCCCAGCGGCGGCAGCUGGAUGCUGCAGUACCUUCAGUCCUGGUUUCCUGGCUGGGGAGGCUGGUACGGGCAGCAGAACCCCGAGGGGAGAGUGGGCGAGGGUCUUUCAGCAGAGCCGCACGAACAGUGGACCCCCGAGGAGAUCCUAGGCACCGAGGAAUUUUUUGAUCAUGUGAAGCUGCUAGCCGAAUCUCUGCCUCGAAGAAAUUCCUCCUUGCUCUCCGUCCGGCUGGGCGGACUGUUUCUUCGAGACCUGGCCACAGAAGGAACCGUGUUUCCCCUUCUGGUGUUCCCUAGUUCACAAAAAGAAGUCGGCAGAGUCUCCCAGUCCUUUGGUCUCCAGACAACAUCCACGGACAGAAGUGAUCAAAACCUGGCUGCGGACCCUGAUGACCCGGUUUUUGAGAUGCUGUAUGAGAGGAAUCCAGCGCACAGCCAUUUCGAGAGGCGGCUGAAUGUCAGCACGAGGCCCUUGAACAUCAUAUACAAUCCCCAGGCUAUUAAAAAAGUAGCCGACUUUUUCUACAAGGGGAAGGUUCAUACCUCAGGUUUUGGCUAUCAGUCUGAACUUGAGCUGAGAGUGGCAGAAACCGCCCGAAGACAGUAUAACAGACUGAAGAUGCAGACCAAGGCGGAAAUCCGACAAACCCUCGAUCGUCUGCUCGUGGGUGAUUUCAUCGAGGAGAGUAAAAGAUGGACGGUGCGACUAGAUAUUUCGGCCCCUCAGGUGAUAUUUCCUGACGAUUUCAAAUUCAAGAAUCCCGUGUUAGUUGUCGUGGAUCUGGGGAGAAUGCUGCUGACAAAUUCCCAAGAUGACUCCAAGAGGAAAAGUGGGGAUGGGCCAGCCUCUGAAGAGAGCCAGUUUAGUGAUGAUGAAUAUAAGACGCCUCUGGCCACCCCCCCGAACACCCCCCCUCCUGAGACAAGCAGCAGUAAUGGAGGGAAAACACCCCCGUUUCCUGGAGUUGAAUUCAGCGAAGAGCAGCUUCAAGCCCAUUUAAUGAGCACCAAGAUGUACGAGAGGUACUCCCUCUCAUUCAUGGACCUCCAGAUCAUGGUCGGACGAGUGAAGGACAAUUGGAAGCACGUCCAGGAUAUUGAUGUGGGACCAACCCACGUGGUUGAGAAAUUCAACGUUCACCUACAGUUAGAACGUCGUUUGAUUUACACGUCAGAUCCCAAGUACCCUGGAGCCGUGCUCUCGGGCAACCUGCCAGACUUAAAAAUCCACAUCAAUGAAGAUAAAAUCUCUGCUCUGAAGAAUUGCUUUGCUCUCCUGACCACCCCAGAGACGAAGACUUCUGACAGUCAGUUUAAAGAGAAGAUUUUUCCCCAAGCGGGGCAGCGCGGAAGUUUGCAAGACUCGGUAAUGAACUUAACUCAGAGCUUCGUGAUGCUGGAGCAGCACACCCGGGAGGUUCUGGUGGAGUCACAGCUCCUCCUGGCUGAGUUUAAGGUGAACUGUAUGCAGCUUGGUGUUGAGAGCAAUGGUCGCUACAUUUCUGUGCUCAAGGUGUUCGGCACCAACGCCCACUUUGUGAAGAGGCCUUACGAUGCCGAGGUCUCCCUGACGGUUCACGGUCUGCUCCUGGUGGACACGAUGCAAACGUACGGUGCCGACUUUGACCUUCUGAUGGCUUCGCAUAAGAACCUGAGCUUUGAUAUCCCGACGGGAAGCCUCCGGGACAGCAGGGCCCAGUCCCCUGUCUCUGGACCCAACGCUGCUCACCUCACGAACGCUGCCACGCUCAACGACCCGUCAGUGACUGGUGCCGCCCUUGACAAAAUUCUCACCAAAGAGCAGGAGUCCCUCAUUAAACUGGAAUACCAGUUUGUGAGUUCAGAGUGCCCGUCGAUGAAUUUGGACAGCACCCUCCAGGUGAUUUCGUUACAGGUGAAUAAUUUGGAUAUUAUCCUCAAUCCGGAGACCAUCGUGGAACUGAUUGGCUUUCUUCAGAAAUCUUUUCCCAAGGAAAAAGAUGAUUUGAGUCCUCAGCCUUUAAUGACUGAUUUCGAAAGAAGCUUUAGGGAAGAAGGAGCUUACCAGUCUACAUACGAACAAAACACUGAGGUUGCAGUGGAGAUCCACAGGCUUAACUUGCUGCUCGUUCGCACGGUGGGAAUGGCAAAUGGCGAGAAGCACGGCAGAAAAAUCGCAACCGCGAGCAUUGGCGGCACCAAGGUGAACGUCUCAAUGGGCAGCACGUUUGACGUGAAUGGUUCUCUCGGCUGCUUGCAGCUCAUGGACCUGACACAAGAUAACGUUAAGAACCAGUACGUUGUCAGCAUUGGGAGUUCUGUAGGCUAUGAAAAUAUCAUCAGCGAUAUUGGCUACUUUGAGUCUGUAUUUGUCAGGAUGGAAGAUGCAGCCCUGAGCGAAGCUUUGAGUUUCACGUUUGUUGAGAGAUCUAAACAGGAGUGUUUUCUCAACCUCAAGAUGGCUUCCUUGCAUUAUAACCACUCUGCCAAAUUCUUGAAAGAGUUGACGUUGUCCAUGGAUGAACUGGAGGAGAAUUUCCGAAGUAUGCUGAAAAGCGCAGCUACCAAAGUCACUACGGUGCUAGCCACCAAGACGGCCGAGUACAGUGAGAUGGUGUCACUCUUUGAAACUCCAAGGAAGACUCGGGAAGCCUCCAUCUUUGAAGAAAGUGAAAUAUAUGGGUUUGGCCUCGCUGGGUCUCAUUCCGACACGGUGAAGCUAAUCUUGAACAUAAACAUCGAAUCCCCUGUUGUUUCGAUCCCUCGGAAGCCCGGGAGUCCUGAAUUGUUGGUGGGACACUUAGGACAGAUAUUCAUCCAGAAUUUUGUAUCAGGAGAUGAUGAAUCCAGAAGUGACCGUCUGCAGGUGGAAAUUAAAGACAUUAAAUUAUAUUCGUUGAAUUGCACCCAGUUGGCAGGCAGAGAGGCUCCUGGGUCCGAAGUUGGCCGGGCGUUCGGUUCUCCUUCUGGGUCUGCCAGUGCCCAUAGUCAGGAGGAAGCUCAUUUCACCCGACAUGAUUUCUUUGAAUCUUUGCAUAGAGGUCAAGCUUUUCACAUCCUGAACAAUACCACCAUUCAGUUUAAGCUGGAGAAGAUCCCUGUAGAGAGAGAAUCCGAAUUGACUUUCUCCCUCAGUCCAGAUGACCUGGACACUUCCAGCAUCAUGAAGAUCGAAGGGAAAUUUGUCAACCCGGUUCAGGUGGUGUUAGCGAAGCACGUAUAUGAGCAGGUUUUGCAGACUCUGGACAAUCUCGUGUAUAGUGAAGAUCCGAAUAAGGUCCCAGUCAGCGCUGCCUCCUCGCCCUGCCCUCACUCUCCUCUGCCCUCCCUCGGUGCCUGUGGAGAACCUUCCACCGAGAGGAAGGAGAAUGGACUGUUCAGCCACUCCAGCCUCUCUAACUCUUCUCAGAAGUCCUUGUCUCUGAAGGAGGUCAAGUCCUUCACCCAGAUUCAAGCCAACUUUCGUAUCUCAGAGCUUCAGGUCCAGCUAAGUGGGGACCUGACUUUGGGGGCCCAGGGUCUUGUGAGCUUAAAGUUUCAGGAUUUUGAGGUGGAAUUCAGUAAAGACCAUCCGCAGACUUUAUCCAUUCAGAUUGCCCUGCGCUCUCUGCUCAUGGAAGACUUGCUGGAGAAGAAUCCAGAUUCCAAAUAUAAGAACCUGAUGGUGUCUCGGGGUGCCCCUAAACCAUCUAGUUUAGCACAAAAAGAGUAUCUUUCUCAGUCCUGUCCGUCAGUAUCCAAUGUGGAGUAUCCUGAUAUGCCUCGGUCUCUUCCCUCCCACAUGGAAGAAGCUCCGAAUGUCUUCCAGCUGUAUCAACGACCCACCUCGGCGUCCCGGAAGAAGCAAAAGGAAGUCCAAGACCAGGACUACCCCUUGACCCCACCCCCUUCCCCAACAGUAGACGAGCCCAAGGUACUUGUGGGAAAGAGUAAAUUUGAUGAUUCCUUGGUACACAUCAACGUAUUCUUGGUGGAUAAGAAACACCCAGAAUUCUCUUCGAGUUACAAUCGAGUUAACCGGAACAUCGACGUUGAUUUUAACUGCUUGGAUGUGCUGAUCACGCUGCAAACGUGGGUGGUGAUACUGGAUUUUUUUGGAAUUGGCUCCACCGCCGACAACCACGCAAUGAAGGUGCCUCCUGAGGACACGCUACAGAACGUGAAGUCAGAAUCAAAUGCUCUAGUAGAGUCUGAAGUUCAGGAUCCCGUGAACACCAAGCUGGAUCUCAAGGUGCACUCGCUCUCUCUCGUGCUGAACAAGACCACCAGUGAGCUGGCCAAAGCGAGCGUGUCCAAGUUAGCGGCACACCUGGAAAUGAUCGACGGAGACCUGGCCUUGCAGGGGGGCAUCGGGAGCCUGUCCCUAAGCGACCUCACAGCCCAUGGAGAGUUCUACAGAGAGCGGUUUACUACAAGUGGAGAAGAAGCACUCACUUUCCAGACUUUUAAAUACGGACGGCCAGACCCUCUGCUCCGGAGAGAGCACGACAUUCGAGUGAGCCUCCAGAUGGCCUCCGUGCAGUACGUGCACACGCAGCGCUUUCAGGCGGAGGUCGUGGCCUUCAUCCAGCAUUUCACUCAGCUGCAAGACGUGCUAGGGCGCCAGCGAGCUGCCAUCGAGGGGCAGACGGUGAGAGAUCAAGCCCAGCGCUGCUCACGGGUUCUCCUGGAUAUUGAGGCGGGUGCUCCUGUUCUCCUCAUCCCUGAAAGUUCCAGAUCAAAUAACCUGAUUGUAGCAAACCUGGGGAAGUUGAAAGUCAAGAACAAGUUCCUCUUCGCUGGUUUUCCCGGGACCUUUUCCUUACAGGAUAAGGAGUCUGUGCCCUCAGCUUCCCCGGCCGGUACCCCCAAGCACAGUAUGAGGAAAAUGACGAGCACGGAGGACCCGAAGGGCACCCAUUCCGAGGGGCUGUUCAUGAUGCCUCCUGCCGGAGUGAGUCCAGGCGGCCUGAAGAGUGAGUCCGUGCCGAGUACCGCGACCAAGCCGCAAGGGCAGCCAGCCACGGCCUCCGGCGGCCAGGUUCCCGGUAGUCCUGAAGACCACGUCUGCCUGCUGGAUUGCAUUGUCGUGGAUCUGCAGGACAUGGACAUCUUUGCCGCAGAGAGACGCCCACGCGAGUACUCUAAGACCUCGGAUGACAGCAGUGGAGACCUGAUCUUCCCUUCCUAUUUUGUGCGGCAGUUGGGAGGGAGCCUCCUAACGGAACCUUGUAGGCUGAAAUUGCAGGUGGAAAGGAAUUUGGACAAAGAAAUCAGUCACACUGUGCCAGACAUAUCCAUCCACGGCAACCUCUCCUCCGUCCAUUGCUCCCUGGAUUUGUACAAGUACAAGCUGAUCCGUGGUUUAUUGGAGAACAACCUCGGAGAGCCCAUCGAGGAAUUUAUGCGGCCUUACGAUUUACAAGACCCAAGAAUUCACACUGUUCUCAGUGGAGAGGUGUACACGUGCAUGUGUUUCCUCAUCGAUAUGGUGAAUGUGAGUCUGGAGCUGAAAGAUCCAAAAGGAAAGGAAAGUGCCGGGUCCUUAGCCAGAUUUGACUUCAAGAAAUGUAAACUGCUCUAUGAAAGCUUUUCCAACCAAACCAAGUCCAUCAACCUGGUUUCCCAUUCCAUGAUGGCCUUUGACACGCGCUUCGCCGGGCAGAAGGCCACUCCUGGCACGACGAACGUGUUCAGCUGUAUUUUUCAGCCCUCCAGGAACAGCAGCACUGCCCAGGGCUCCAUUCAGAUCGAACUGCAUUUCAGAUCUACGAAGGACUCAUCCUGUUUUACAGUAGUGCUCAACAAUCUCCGCGUGUUUCUCAUAUUUGACUGGCUGCUGUUAGUCCAUGAUUUUCUCCACACUCCCAGCGAUAUUAAGAAACAGACUAGUGUUACUCCUUCUCGCCACCGUAACUCUAGCAGUGAAUCUGCUGUAGUCCCCAAAACUGUGAAAAGUGGAGUCGUUACCAAGCGGUCUUCCCUUCCUGUGUCCACUGAAAGGCAUCUGGAGGUCAAGGUCAAUGUAACAGGCACGGAGUUUGUGGUGGUUGAAGACGUGUCCUGCUUCGACACCAAUGCCAUCAUUCUGAAAGGCACCACCGUGCUCACCUACAAGCCCCGGCUGGUCGAUCGCCCCUUUUCAGGGAGUUUGUUUGGCAUCGAGGUGUUUUCAUGCCGACUAGGGAAUGAACAGGACACAGCUCUUUCCAUUGUUGAUCCCGUCCAAAUUCAGGUGGAGCUGGUGGGGAAUUCUUCCUAUCAGAACAGUUCAGGAUUGAUGGAUGCAUUCAACAGUGAAGACUUCCCACCGAUCUUGGAGAUUCAGUUACAGGCCCUGGAUAUCAGACUCUCCUACAACGAUGUUCAGCUGUUUCUUGCCAUCGCAAAGUCCAUCCCCGAGCAAGCUCAGGCUGCCGCCCCGGACGCGGGGGCCUCGGAGGCCAGCCCUGCCAGCCGCGGCGCUCCUGGAGCACCUCGAGCUGGAGAGGAAAGCCGAGAAGGGACGAGACGCGCCCUGGAUCCGGUCGUGGAGCUGCAGCUGGCUAGACUGCAGGAGCUGGGGUUCGGCGUGGACGAUUGUCGCAAAGCCCUGCUGGUCUGCCGAGGCCAACUGAAAAAGGCGGCGAGUUGGCUGUUCAAGAACGCCGAGCCUCUGAAGUCUCUCUCCCUGGCUGCUGAGAGCCGCGAGAGCCAGGGGCCUGCGGCCGCGCGGCUCAUCUCUGGGGUGGAGGUCAAAGCCGAGAGCGUGUGCGUCUGUUUCAUCGACGACUGCAUGGACUGCGACGUCCCUCUGGCCGAGCUCACCUUUUCCCGCCUGAGUUUUCUGCAGCACAUAAGGACCAGCCCUGAAGGGUAUGCGCACUUCACGCUUUCUGGAGAUUACUACAACCGCGCUCUGUCAGGCUGGGAGCCAUUCAUUGAGCCAUGGCCGUGCUCUGUAUCCUGGCAACAACAGGCAGCUAGCCGUCUCCACCCUCCGCGCCUGAAGCUGGAAGCCAAGGCCAAGCCCCGUUUGGAUAUCAACAUCACCUCUGUACUCAUUGACCAGUAUGUAAGUACCAAGGAAUCGUGGCUGGCAGAUUACUGUAAACAGGACAAGGAAAUCGACGCGACCACAUCAGAAGACUGGAUGGGCUCUUCGGUGGAUCCUCCCUGCUUUGGACAAACAGAGGUGAAGACCCCCAAGCGCCGGCAGCCGUUUGUCCCGUUUGCUCUGAGGAAUCACACAGGCUGCACUUUGUGGUUUGCCACCCUCACCACCACGCCCACCAGGGCUGCGCUGUCCCACAGCGGGAGUCCAGGGCUCGUUCCAGAAGGGAACGGAACAUUUCUUGAUGAUGCUCACAAUGUUAGCGAGUGGCGCGAAGUCCUCACGGGUGAAGAGAUUCCCUUUGAAUUUGAAGCAAGAGGAAAGCUAAGACACAGACACACCCAUGCCCUCCGGAUUCACCAGCUGCAAGUGAGAGUCAACGGCUGGGAGCAAGUGAGCCCGGUGUCCGUGGACAAAGUCGGGACGUUUUUCCGCUAUGCAGCGCCGGAUAAGAACUCCUCCUCCUCUACGAUUGGCAGCCCGGGCAGCAGGACGAAUAUUAUUCAUCCUCAGGUCUAUUUCUCUUCGCUCCCGCCCGUCCGGGUGGUCUUUGCCGUGACGAUGGAAGGCAGUGCUCGGAAAGUCAUCACCGUCCGGUCUGCCCUCAUCGUGAAGAACAGGCUCGAGACACCAAUGGAGCUAAGACUGGAUAGCCCUUCAGCUCCAGACAAGCCGGUGGUGCUGCCCGCCAUCAUGCCAGGGGACUCGUUCGCUGUGCCUUUACACCUCACUUCCUGGCGGCUUCAGGCCCGGCCCAAAGGGUUGGGCGUGUUUUUCUGUAAGGCUCCUAUUCACUGGACCAAUGUAGUGAAGACCGCAGAGGUCAGCAGCAGCAAACGAGAGUGCCACUCUAUGGACUUGGACAAAAGCCGGUUCUUCAGGUUUUGCGUGGCCAUAAAGAAGGAGAAUUACCCAGAUUAUAUGCCCUCAAACAUAUUUUCUGACAGUGCAAAGCAGAUCUUCAGACAACCCGGGCAUACCAUAUACCUCCUGCCAACCGUGGUCAUCUGCAAUUUGUUACCUUGUGAACUUGACUUUUAUGUGAAAGGAAUGCCAAUUAACGGGACCCUGAAGCCUGGGAAGGAGGUGGCCCUCCACACCGCCGACACCUCCCAGAACAUCGAGCUGGGGGUAUCACUGGAGAACUUUCCACUCUGUAAAGAAUUGCUCAUUCCCCCGGGAACCCAGAACUACAUGGUAAGAAUGCGGCUCUACGACAUCAACCGGCGGCAGCUGAACCUCACCAUCCGCAUCGUGUGUCGAGCGGAAGGAUCCUUGAAGAUCUUCAUUUCUGCUCCCUAUUGGCUGAUUAACAAAACAGGGUUGCCGCUGAUCUUCAGACAGGACAAUGCAAAGACAGACACCGCGGGCCAGUUCGAGGAGCACGAGCUGGCCCGGAGCCUGAGCCCUCUCUUAUUCUGCUACGCGGACAAAGAGCAGCCCAACCUCUGCACGAUGCGCGUCGGAAGGGGGAUCCACCCCGAAGGCAUGCCGGGCUGGUGCCAGGGCUUCUCCCUGGAUGGCGGCAGUGGCGUCCGAGCUUUGAAAGUCAUCCAGCAAGGAAACCGCCCAGGGCUGAUCUACAACAUUGGUAUUGAUGUCAAGAAAGGCCGAGGUCGAUAUAUUGACACCUGCAUGGUCAUCUUUGCGCCCCGGUACCUGUUAGAUAAUAAAUCAUCCCACAAGCUUGCGUUUGCACAGAGGGAAUUUGCCAGAGGACAGGGAACGGCCAAUCCUGAAGGUUACAUUUCCACCCUUCCUGGUUCCAGCGUGGUGUUCCAUUGGCCUCGGAAUGACUAUGAUCAGCUCUUGUGUGUCAGAUUGAUGGACGUUCCCAAUUGUAUUUGGUCUGGAGGGUUUGAAGUCAAUAAGAAUAAUUCCUUCCACAUCAACAUGAGAGAUACUCUGGGAAAAUGCUUCUUCCUGCGCGUGGAAAUCACUCUCCGAGGAGCCACCUAUAGGGUCUCCUUUAGUGACACCGACCAGUUACCCCCUCCUUUCCGAAUUGACAACUUCUCUAAGGUGCCAGUCGUCUUCACCCAGCAUGGUGUGGCCGAACCCCGGCUCCGCACCGAAGUGAAGCCCCUGACCUCGCUGGAUUACGCCUGGGAUGAGCCCACGCUGCCUCCUUUCAUCACGCUGACUGUGAAAGGGGCCGGCUCCUCGGAGCUCAGCUGCAACAUGAACGACUUCCAGGACAACCGACAGCUUUACUAUGAAAACUUCAUUUACAUUGCUGCUGCUUACACGUUCUCCGGUUUACAGGAGGGGACAGGAAGGCCUGUCACUGCCAGCAAGGCCACUACCUGUGCAGAGCUGGUCUUGGAUGUCUCACCAAAGACACAAAGAGUCAUUUUAAAGAAGAAGGAGCCCGGGAAGCGCUCGCAGCUGUGGAGGCUGACCGGCACGGGCAUGCUGGCCCACGAGGGGUCCUCCGUGCCCCACCACCCCAGUAAGCCCUCUGCGGCCCGCUCCCCGGAGGGUUCUGCCAUCCUGGACAUCGCUGGCCUCGCCGCGGUAACUGACAACAGGUAUGAGCCGCUGAUGCUAAGGAAGCCUGAUCGCAGGCGGAGCACGACUCAGACGUGGAGUUUCCGAGAAGGAAAACUGACGUGUGGGCUGCAUGGGCUGGUUGUCCAGGCCAAAGGAGGGCUUUCCGGUCUGUUUGAUGGAGCGGAAGUUGUCCUGGGUCCUGAUACUUCCAUGGAGCUUUUGGGGCCGGUCCCACCUGAACAGCAGUUUAUCAACCAAAAACUGAGGCCCGGCUCUGGGAUGUUAUCCAUCAGAGUCAUCCCAGACGGACCAACGAGAGCUCUCCAGAUAACAGAUUUCUCCCAGCGGAAAGGUGACCGCUCUUCGUACGAAGUGGAUGAACUUCCUGUAACUGAACAAGAGGUACAGAAAUUGAGGAAUCCAGACACAGAGCAGGAACUGGAAGUGCUUGUGAAGUUGGAAGGUGGCAUUGGGUUGUCCUUAAUUAAUAAGGUCCCCGAAGAACUGGUCUUCGCAAGUCUUACAGGAAUCAAUGUGCACUAUACCCAGCUGGCAACCAGUCAUAUGCUUGAACUCAGCAUACAGGAUGUUCAGGUGGACAAUCAGCUCAUUGGGACCACUCAGCCCUUCAUGCUCUAUGUGACUCCCUUGAGCAACGAGAAUGAGGUCAUUGAGACUGGCCCUGCCGUGCAGGUGAAUGCGGUGAAGUUCCCCAGUAAGAGCGCGCUGACCAACAUCUACAAGCAUCUGAUGGUCACGGCUCAGAGAUUCACAGUGCAAAUUGAGGAGAAACUACUUCUCAAGCUGCUGAGUUUUUUUGGCUAUGAUCAAGCAGAAUCAGAGGUGGAAAAGUAUGAUGAAAACCUCCAUGAAAAGGUGGCCGAGCAAGGUGGCACACCAAUUCGCUAUUACUUUGAAAAUCUCAAAGUCAGCAUCCCUCAGAUCAAGCUGAGCGUGUUCACCUCCAGCAAGCUUCCGUUGGAUCUUAAGGCCCUAAAAAGUACCUUGGGAUUUCCCCUGAUUCGGUUUGAGGACGCUGUGAUUAAUCUGGAUCCAUUUACUCGGGUCCAUCCCUAUGAGACCAAGGAGUUCAUCAUCAAUGAUAUCCUCAAACAUUUCCAGGAGGAACUCCUCAGCCAGGCAGCUCGGAUCCUGGGAUCAGUGGACUUUCUCGGCAAUCCCAUGGGGCUGUUGAACGAUGUUUCUGAAGGGGUUACUGGACUGAUAAAGUAUGGAAAUGUCGGGGGCCUUAUCAGAAAUGUCACGCAUGGCGUAUCGAACUCUGCUGCCAAGUUUGCGGGGACGCUGUCCGACGGCUUAGGGAAGACGAUGGACAAUCGCCACCAGUCGGAGCGGGAGUACAUCAGGUACCACGCGGCCACGAGCGGGGAGCACCUGGUCGCCGGCAUCCAUGGCCUGGCCCACGGCAUCAUUGGCGGGCUGACCAGUGUGAUAACCUCAACGGUGGAAGGAGUUAAAACAGAAGGGGGUGUCAGCGGCUUCAUUUCUGGCCUUGGAAAAGGACUCGUUGGCACUGUAACCAAGCCGGUGGCAGGCGCCCUGGAUUUUGCAUCGGAAACGGCCCAGGCGGUGAGGGACACAGCCACGCUCAGUGGCCCCAGGACUCAAGCCCAGAGGGUCCGCAGGCCGCGCUGCUGCACCGGACCCCAGGGCCUGCUGCCGCGCUACUCCGAGAGCCAGGCCGAAGGGCAGGAGCAGCUCUUCAAGCUGACGGACCACAUUCAGGACGAAUUCUUCAUAGCCGUGGAGAACAUCGACAGCUACUGUGUGCUCAUCUCCUCCAAGGCCGUCUACUUCCUGAAAAGUGGGGACUACGUGGACCGAGAGGCCAUCUUCCUGGAAGUCAAAUAUGACGAUCUCUACCACUGCCUUGUGUCCAAGGACCAUGGGAAGGUGUACGUGCAGGUGACCAAGAAGGCCGUGAACUCAAGCAGUGGCGUGUCCAUCCCCGGCCCUUCCCACCAGAAGCCAAUGGUCCAUGUGAAGUCGGAGAGCCUUGCUGUCAAGUUGUCACAAGAGAUAAACUACGCAAAGAGCCUGUACUAUGAGCAGCAACUCAUGUUAAGACUCAAUGAAAAUCAAGAGCAGUUGGAGCUGGACUCCUGAAAACGCCCAGCCGCCAGAGAGACGCUCCCGGACACGGGCCCCGGGCCCGUCGGCAGGACAGGCCCUAAGGCUCGGCCUAAAUCAGAGGCAAAACCGGAAAAAGGUUUGGGGGACGAUAUCAAGGAACAAGGGGAGGAUACGAACGGAAACCAUAUUAAUUUGUGGGUGGGAUGGGGGUUACUUUAGAUUACGGGGGAAGUAAUUUUUAAAAGGUAUUGGCUGAAUAACGUUAUAAAAAAAAGCGUACUGAGAGGAAUCUAAUUUUUAGGCAGCCCUGUAUUUUGUUAACGUGUAUAUAUGUACAACUGUGUGUCUGUAAAUAUCCAGGAGCAUUUCUGAGCAGGGCCUGUGAUGCGUGUAAAGGUUUGCUAACUGUAAAGUAAUAUAAAGUUAUAUUGGAUCUUCUAUUGCACUAAUUCUACACGUCUGAUUCAGGGUACUCGCUAUAAAAAAGGCCUUCUUGAAAGGUAAAUGUUGUGUGUUAGUUUUGGAAACUAGAGUGUUCCCAGGAAUGGGGGCGAGACGGGGUCCUCUCGAGCAGCGGCCUUGAGGCUGGAGCGGGGCCCCCAGAAGGAUCAGUGGCUCGGAUGCCCGUCUUUUAUUUAUUUCCCACCCCUGUUUUAAAAGGAGUUCCUAGCUUCUCACAAAUUCUUUUCUCGCCAUCUACCUAUUUGGCUCUCUCCUGACUAGUCUUGCCAAACUCGGAGGUAAAAUUGUGUUCUGUUAUCGUGUGUGUGCGCGUGCACACGUGCGCACGCGCACACACACACACACACACACCAGCACCAGCAUUAUAAGUUUGUUUUGGGUUAUUGCAGAGAGGAUCAGUCGGAAACACUGGUAGGCUCUGUUGAUUACGAAGGAGAAAAAAAAUCUCAGAAUUGUUUGUUUUAACAAAUCCGAAAUCCACAGAUUUAUCGCAAGUCCACAGUUAAGAAUGCCCUCCUUUUGGAACAACAGCAGGGAGAAGGUCCUAGAACCCUUUCCUUUUUUGAUAAAGCCAUGGGCAAGCACCACAACCGCCCGGCCCUGGGCUCAGUGUUGGCAACCCUGGGAUGAGAAGGGAGAGGGAGGGAGCCUCGGAACAGGGAAUGAAAUCUGAGAAUUAAAAAGCUGUUUUGUUAAGUUUUUCAUGGAACCAAGAUUUGGCUGAAACAUCUCUUGUCCCCCGUUUUAAAUUCCAACCAGCAGCGAGGUCUGGUACAAGUGCCCUCUUCUGUCGGGGUCUUGUGCUUGUUGUUGGAAUAAACACAUUGGGAGCCGGAGCUCACUCUGGAAGGAAUGACUAGCCUUGUGAUUUUAACAUUUUUAUUUUAAUAAAACUAAUCCGUUUCUACAACCUCGUCCCACGUAGCUGAGCGAGCUCUGAAAGGACUCCGUGGAUCAGCGAAUGUGUGCCAGGUGUGGGUGUUUGUCACUCUUGACCCAAACCCUUCCUUCCCAAGACUCAGAUGAAGCUGAUCUGUCCGCCUCACCAUCCCUCCUCUCUGCACGCAUGCGUGUGUGCCUGCGUGUUUUUAGAGAAGCAAGGAGCUUUAGCCCAAGUGCUCAAGAGCCUUGAACCCCAAGGUCCGUGUGGUCUUCCCUGACCCAAAGUUGGUGGGUUGCAACAUUGGAGCUUAGCUUGUGAAGGGUUGGGGUGCACUUGGGUUUGUUGUUUGUUGGCACGUUCGUUUUGUGCUGGGUGCCGGUCGUGACUGCGUCCGCCCGCGCACAGGAUCCACAGCAGGACGACCCAUGUGGUCACCGGCCGUGGGUCUUCCUCACCAGCACCCCCAGUCUGCGCCCCGCAGGUCUGGCUCGUGGUUUUUGUCACCAGUGACCCACUGCCAGGGAUCACCAUCUCUUAAAGGUGAGACUCUCCGAAGGGUUGAUUGUUGGCCUCCGUGAGCCUUCUGUCGCUUUCUGGAAUGAAGUCGGUGGAAUUUCCUAUGACGGACGAGGGCUGCUGUGGGCCCCCCACUUGGUGGCAGCUGGUGACACAGCAAGCUGCGUCCCCGCAGGACCCCGAGGGUGUUCGGAUGCCCUCCUCUGGGCUCCUUUUCUAAUCUAAGCUCGAAACAGUGGCCCGUCUCGGAUCGCGCACGCCCCGGCUGCUGGCGGGGCCCUGGGAAGAGGCUCCCCGCUAGAGCGCCUCACACUCUCUGCCCUGGCGGCCCUCACGCCUCCGUGGGAAGGCUUAGUGGGGCUGCUUGGCCAGGGAAACCCGGAGAGCUCCGAAGGCCCCGCUUCGUUUUCAAUUGGUGUUUAGCCCUUGAUGUCUGGGACUUUGUUAUGAUAAUUUCUACCAAUUUUCAUGCUGUCCCAAAUACACAGUUUCUCUCUUGGAGGAAAGUAAAAUAAAUUGAAUAGGGAGAAAUUGGAUAAGGAGAAAUCAAAAGCCAUCCUAAUUCCCGGACCCAGCAUGAUUGGCAGACCCAACAGCCGCUGCUCUACCCACUGGGAGGGCCCACGCGAGGGGCCGGGCGGCUCCCCGCUCCCACCGACUGACCCACCGACCGACCGACCGGAGGGCAGGAAAGCAGCCUCUUAGCCCCAGCUUGGUGGGCACUCACUGCGUGUUCAGAAGGCUCCACGGCCACUGUGUUUUUAAGCAUCAUUUGUGCCUCAAAAUACCAUAGUAACUGCUUGAUAAAAUCCUGAAAAUAAAAUACCUGGGUCUCCACUGUGUAAACAUGAUUAUAUACAGUCACCGGUCUGUUAAGACUCUUCCAUCUGUCUCUCAUAUCAGAGUCAUUAUUUUUCUUCCUGUGGAAUAAAAUGCUUUAUCAACUUCCCACA